AAAAAUAGAGAACAUUUGGACUCAAGACUCGAUUUGUGUUGUUUUCCUUCAAAACACAUCUUAUUAUAAAAUAACUGUAUUUUAAGAGUCAAUCAAAACGUCAUUAAAAUUAGUGGAAAAUAAUUGUCUAAAAAACGACUCAAAGAGACAUUCAUUGCAUUCAGUGUUUGUGUUAAACAUUGCAUUCAUUUAAAGACAUAGAGUACUCCCUUCUGGUGUGGAUAAUGUUGUCGACAAUAACGAGACAAUUGGUGCCCCAAUUGGUGGCGAAGAGUCGUCUGCCGGCCAUCCGUUGCGUGUCGUCUCACGCGUCGGAGUCGUCGACCGGCUAUUCGUUUGGGUUGACUGAAGAUCAGCAACAGAUGGUAGAUAUGGCUAAAAAGUUUACGCGCGAAGAGAUUAUGCCGAAAGCCCGACAUCACGACGAGACCGGCGAAUAUCCCAUCGAUAUUAUCAAAAAAGCUCACGCUUUGGGUCUAAUGACUACUAGUAUUCCCGAAGAGUACGGCGGACAGGGUUUGUCUCUUGUGGACCACUGUCUC